UUUUUUUUUUUUUUUUGCACCCGUCUCUUCAAGGAUGGCGGCAAAUCAUGGAGAUGAAGAGGCUACUGUAUCUCUGGUGGACGUCUUGGAGGAAGACGAAGAACUGGAGAAUGAAGCCUCCGCUGUCCUCGGAGGGAGUGAUUCAGAGAAAUGCUCGUAUCCUGAGGGAUAUGUGAAGCGUCAAGCUCUGUAUGCAUGCAACACCUGUACACCAAAGCGAGGAGAGCCAGCUGGAGUCUGUCUGGCUUGUUCCUACAAGUGCCAUGAAGGCCAUGACCUUUUUGAGCUAUACACCAAGAGGAAUUUUCGAUGUGAUUGUGGAAAUGACAAGUUUGGGGAAAUGGAAUGCAAGCUAUUCGCAGAUAAGGAGAGUGUGAAUUCAGGGAACAAAUACAGCCACAAUUUCUUUGGCUUGUAUUGCACAUGUGACAGACCCUACCCAGAUCCAGAGGACGAGGUUCCAGACGAGAUGAUCCAGUGUGUCGUGUGUGAGGACUGGCUACAUGGUCGGCAUUUGGGUUGUGUAGUGCCAGAUUGUGUGGAGCUACAAGAGAUGAUUUGUGAGUCUUGCAUGAAUAAAGCACCUUUCCUUUGGACUUAUGCUGCACAAAUCACAGUGCCACCCAUAACAAAAGUAAGUCCAUGCAAAGAAGAGGAGGAAGUGAAAGUGGAGGUAGAAAAUGAUGAAGAGGAGAAGGCUAAAAAUGAGAACCCAAAAAGCCCCUUGGAUGAGAAGGUUCAGGUCAAUGGGACAUCCACCUGUAAACGGAAACACCAAGAUGAAACUGAAGGUUCCUCACAGGAGAGCUCAUGCUCAGGUUGCAGGCUUCGAGAGAUGAAGGCCUCAGAGAGGAACCAGACACUGCAGGGUGCUGUGUUCUGGCCCUCUGCCUGGCGUACCAAACUCUGCACCUGCACUGACUGCAAGAUCCUCUAUGCAGAUGCAGGAGUGUCUUUCCUCAUGGAUGAGACCGACACUGUACUGGCAUAUGAGAACAAGGGCAAGUCUACAGAGCAGGCUGAGCAAGCAGGUGGAGCAGAGGGUCACGACCCCUUGAUGUCAGCCUUAAACAACCUGAAUCAUGUUCAGCAGCUGGAGAUCAUCCACGAGUAUAAUGACAUGAAGACAGAACUAAAGGACUACCUGCAAAGAUUUGCUGCAGAAGGCAAGGUGGUGACACCUGAGGACAUUCGUCAGUUUUUUGAACAGCAGCAAAGCCGUAAGAGACGAAGAGCCAAUGCGGGCCAGUACUACUGCAGCUAAACCAUCCUUCAACCUGCACUUUAAAGGGAUAGUUCACCCAAAAAUGAAAAUUCUCUCACCAUUUACUCACAUUCAUGCCAUCCCAGAUGUGUGUGGGUUUCUUUCUUCUGCAAAAUACAACGCUUUUUAGAAGAAUAUCUCAGCUCUGUAGGUCCUUCCAGUGCAAGUGAAUGGUGACCAGAACUUUGAAGGUUUAAAAAGCAGAGACAUUCAUAGUAAAAUUAAUCCAUAUGACUCUAGUUGUUUAAUAUAUGUCUUCUGAAGUGAUGCAAUCACUUUGGUUGAGAAAGCUAAAUAUUUCAAUUCUUUUUUUAUUAUAAAUCUCCACUUUCACAUUCUGUAAGUGGAGAUUUAUAGUAAAAAUAAAAAAAAAUAAAAGGACUUAAAUAUUGAUCUGUUUCUCACCCACACCUAUCAUAUCACUUCUGAAUAUAUGGAUUAAACCACUGGAGUCGUGUGGAUUACUUUUAUGCUGACUUUGUGAUUUUUGGACCGUCAACGUUCUGGUCACCAUUCACUUGCAUUGUAUAUUUUAGAGAGAUUCUUCUAAAAAUCUUCAUUUGUGUUCUGCAGAAGAAAGAAAGUAAUACAUCUGGGAUGGAAUGAGGGUGAGUAAAUGAGAGAAUUUUCAUUUUUGGGUGAAAUAUCCCUUUAAGCAUAACAGCUAUGUCCAAUUCUUUUCCCCCAGACCACCAUUGGAACAUUUUAUAAAAUAAAUAUGCAGGCCCUCAUAACCUUGUAUGAUUUUGACCUUGUAUAGAAUGUGAUGUCAUGUUCUGUAGCUAUAAUUCUUUUAUCUUAAUCCUGCCAUUUCAAACAGGGCUCUAGUUUAGAUGAAAAAAUCUGUUUAGGAAAGCUAAACCUAAAUUCCCUCUCCUAUCUCAAGACAUUUGCAUAGGCUAAAGGUAUGGAAAAAGUAUAGUUACAAUUGUGAUCAAGUAAGCCUUUUUAUUUAACCUGUUGUUUGUAGACUCUUUCCUUUUUAAUGUCCUAGCUUUGAAAAAUAAACAUGGUAAUACGUUUGGGCCCUGUAAAGUACAUCAGUUUUUUUUUCCCCAAGAGUACUCAACUCCAAUUGUCUCCUGCACAUUAAAAACAUACUGUACAUUCAGCUGAACAAGUCAGUAAAGAUUUUGGGACUACUUCAAUUAUAAAUUGCAAGCUUGGUCAAUAAGCCAUCAAGCUUUGCACACCACUUCUGUAUGAUUUGGAUUUGGACCUUUCUGUGUGUCAGCAACACAAGUCUCUGGAUUGAAUGAUUUUGUGCACUACUGGGACAAUGUCCAGUAAUAAAUUAGCUAAAUUUUCAUCAAGGCCAUUAGAUUUAAAGGGAUAGCAUCCACCCUCGUCAUAAUUUACUACCCUCAUGUUAUUGCCGAUCCAUGUGUCUUUCUUGUAGAGAAAACAAAAGUAGACAUUUAGCAGAAUGUUAGCCUCAGUCAUCAUUCACUUUUAUUUUAUGAGAAAAAGACAAUUUUCCCAAUAGCAAGGGGUUGCUCCUGAGAUUCAGCAGCUUGAAUGAAUGGUAAUAAUAAAAAUAAAAAAAAAACAAGACAAUGGCAUUAUAACUCAAAGCUAUUUAUUUUCAAGACAUUAGUCACCUAAUUGCAGAGUAAAGUUUAUAACCACACCGCCCAAUGGAUAGAAAAAUAGACACUUUCCACAACUCCACAAAAUAUUUUUUUUUUAAUGUCUGCGUAUGAAUAUGUACACACACGCAGACACAAAAUGUCUCAAAUAGAUAUCGAAUGUUUUAUAUAUAUAUAUAUAUUUUUUUUAAAAAGUAACAUUUUACAUACAAAACACCAUAUUUCUGAGGCCUGUGAUCAAAUGUACCAAAAAUCUUGAAAAAUAAUGUUUGUUUAAAAAAACAAAAACAAAAAAAAACAUUAUGCACACGAAGCGUUGGCUACAGUAUUACAAAGAAACGGUUCAACAGAGGUUUGUAGAAAUGGCUUGCAUAAGACAAAAGGGGUGUGGAGGAAGCCCAGCCUCAGGCAGGGAAGGCACUAAAUCGUCUCCUUUAGAGAGAUAGCACAAGAGAACCUGGAGAUCUGCAAACACAACUUCCCUUGCCCCUCACACAUCCUAACACAAACCUUCGUUCAGUUCAGCCUUGCGGCACUCUGGAGAUAACGCAACGCCAUGCAAAAAUAAUACUAAAAGGAUUAGGAACGAACGUGUAAAUUAAAAUGACACCGCUGUGAAUCUAGCUGGAAGUUUCAGUCAAAAAACAAUCAAUAAAGCCAACAGAGGGCAGUAUUCAACAACAAAUGUUACAAACAUCACUAUCAAAGUGUUACUACAAAAAAAAUUUAGUGCAAUGGGUACAAGGGCAGGGAGGUCAUUGGGGGGGGGGGGUGUUACAUCCCCCCUGGAAUCUACGCCCCAGAAUGGGUACCUUCAUCUGUUCUACCUUUUAUUCCUUGAUUAAAGAUGUCAAGUAUGGUGUAUUCACAAAAAACAACUUGUAAUGAAAAGUUUGUCAAAGAAUGUGGCAAUAAAAUUAGGUUUUUUUUUUUUUUUUUUUUAAUUCACAA